AUGCUUGCUUUCCAUUUCUCGAUGAUCGUUUCCCUCCUUAACCCAGACCAUCGCGAACAACUCGAUCUCUCGACGCCCCACCCCAUACCGGAGCCCUCUGCACCACUCUAUCAUAACCUGCUUGCGCCCAACCAAUGGCCGUCCGCACAGCACCUUCCCGCCUUCCGCCCCGUCUAUGAAGAAUACAUGCAGCGCAUGUCGGACAUUGCCACGCUCUUCACGAGCCUGAUCGCCGAAGCCAUUGGGCUGCCGGCCGAUGCAUUCGACAAGUUCUUCGACGCGGAUCAGCAACACAAGCUCAAGAUCGUCAAGUACCCGGAAGUGGAUGUUCCGGAUUUGCCGAGCGGGGCAUCGGAGGAGUCGAGGAAGGCCUGGGAGAUCAGGCGACAAGGCGUGGGUUCACACAAGGAUAGCAUGCUCACCAGUUACUUGCUACAGGCAAGCAACCAGCCCGGCUUGCAGGCGCAGAAUGCAAAGGGCGAGUGGAUAGAUUGCAAACCGAUAGAGGGCACCCUGGUAGUGGCAAUUGGGCAGGGCAUGGAGGCCUUGACGGAUGGUGUCUGCGCCUCUACCACCCAUCGCGUGCUCAGUCCACGCAAGGGUGAAGGAGCACGGUACUCUGUUCCCUUUUUUCAAGGCGUAAGCUAUGAUGCCAAGUUUGAAGCCAUGGACGUCCCCGGGGACGUUCUCCAGCUGCGGGACGAGGCGCGUACAUGGCGCAAAGACGACGUCGAGUUCACGUUUGUGAAGGGCCGAUGGGGUCAUCUCGGCGAGGCAACGCUUAUGAACAGAGUGAAGAGCCACCCCGACGUUGGCGAACGCUGGUACCCAGAACUCCUGAAGCAGAUCCGCGCAGAUCAAGCAGCCACGGCAUAG